AUGGUAUUUCAAGAAGAAUUAGAAGGUUUAAAAGCAGUACUCUAUGAAGUUAAUGAUUUGCGUAGACGACAUGCAAUUUAUCAUUCAAUUCUAUAUCAAACCCACAAUCUUAAAUACAAAAUACUUCAAAUUCAAACACAAUAUGAUUCAAAUAUUCGUGAUAUCUUGGAUGAAAUUUCAGCACAAAAAGAACAUGCAAAAGAAAUACUUACAAACGCACUUGAUCAGCUUGAAACAACAAUCAAUACCAUAAGAAUAAGAAAUUAUUUAAGUGAAUUGAUUGAUCAAAUUGAUGAUCUAGUUAAAACGUCUCAAAAUGUGCGUCUAAUAGAGAUUUUCUCAGGUAUUGGACUACUCAGUUUAAUAACCUCAAUUAUUGCUAUUUUUGGUGGCGCAACAUUAUUUAGUCUUGCAACAUUAGGUGUAGGAGUUUUUGGUAGUGGUAUAGCUAGUGAAAUUGUAUUCCGAAAGAAAUUAGACUCAUUAGACAAACACUUAAAAAAUGACAUUGAAAAUGUUCAAACUCAAAACAGUCAGCAAAUAGAAAAUCUGAACCAAUACUUCGAUGACUUUUCAAAGAAAUUACGUUACGAUUCUACUCAUGGUCAAACAUCCACGAUCGAUAUUGUUUGGUAUGAUAAAAACAUUGAAAAUGAUGAAAAUCGAAACCAUAUUGAAACAUUAAAACAAGAAUUUUCAACAGAAAAAUAUCGAAUCCUAUCAGUUUAUAAGAUAGAGCAAUCAAUUGAAUUGAUCAAAUCUAAUAUUCAAAAUAAUCUAAUCCUAAUCACAUCGGGAUCAGCUGGAAAAGAAAUUAUUUCUGAAAUAGGAUAUUAUUUUCAUAUCAAAGGUAUAAUUAUCUAUUGUUCCGCAGUUGAAUCUCAUCGAACAUGGGCAAAAGAAUAUAAGAAAGUUUUACUCGUUACAAAUAAAUUUUCUCAAGUUAUUCAAAGAAUCAAAGAUAUCGAAAUUGGUGAAAUUUACUUUUUCAACUAUGGCUUGUCAUUCGAAGAUAUUACAUUGAAAUUAAAAAAAUAUAAAUAUUAUCUAUCAAAAGAAGAAAAUGGUUUUAUAAUUUCAAAUUUUUCGGAUAUUAAUUUAAGCAUCGACUAUCAUAAAAAUCAUAUGAAAGAAUUAUAUGAAUCAUUGAAAUCAAAAAAUAUCUUUCGAGAUGGUAUUCCUCCUGAUCAUUUCAAACUUGAAAAUUUAAUGAUUUGUGCUGAAAAAUUUGUUGAAGCUUUAAGUGGAUGCGAAGCAGAAAAGAACAUUAUACGUUUAUAUACAGCGUCAGCACCUUUUUAUUACAAAAUAAUUAAUGAUAUCCUUAAUUUAUUAGAUGAAGAUUUGAUUUUAUUAAUUCAAGAUUAUAUUAAAGCAUUAAGAUAUUCUUUAUUGAUCUAUUCAGACACAUUCAAUACAAUGCCGCAUAGAGAAAUUGUAAAAUUAUACCGAGGUCUAUCUUUGACAAGAGAAAAUAGUUUCAAUGAAUUUUUGAGAAAGUUCAACGUUAAUGACACUAUUAUUUUUCCUGCUUUUUUAUCAACAAGUUUAGAUAAAGGUAUGGCAAGGGUGUAUACUGGUGGCAAAAAUGGUGUUUUAUUAGAAAUCUCUGCCGAUUGCACAAAAUCAAAUAGACCCAAAUGUAUAUCUGCAGAAUCUGAAUUCAAAAGUGAAGAUGAAGUCUUAUUGAAUUGUUUUAGCUUAUUAACAGUCAAGAAAAUUACGAAAAUAGAUGAUAGUUUUAUGUUAUAUGAAUGCAACUUAGAACAACCAUGA